AUGUCUUGGUGCUAUAAAAACCUACGUGAUUGUAAGGCUUGGCUGGAUGAAGGUUUACCGCUGACAACAACGUCAAAUGAAGCAGCUAAAUUAUUUGACUGCUUGAUGAGACAGUAUAUAACAUGGACAGAUUCCGGAAUGGAGGAGACCAGAAAGAGCUUAUGGGAAUCUCAUCCUCAGUUUUUGAUGGGUAAUAUCCUGAAUUGCGGACUAACGGCCGUUGGUACAGCUAAGUCGGCCUUGAACGAUUCUGGUUUUAAAAAAGAUUGUGAUGAUUUGAAAAUGAGUGCUGUCACUUUUGGUAACAAGCGAGAACAACUUCAUGCCGAGGCAGUUUAUGCAUUCGCUUAUGGCAACUUAAACCAAGCAACGAGAUACUGGGAGAAUUUGCUGGAGAAAUAUCCCAAUGAUAUAUUAGCAGCGAAAUUUCUUCACGAUACCUAUUUUUACCUCGGCGACAAAGUUCGCCUUGAAAGGACUGCGGCAAACGCUAUAAAAGCCAACAGAGAAUCUGAUCCGUGUUUUAGCUUUCUUUAUGGGAUGCACGCGUUUGGUUUGGAAGAAUGUGGUAACUAUGUUGAUAGCGAGAAAGAAGCUCGACAGGGAUUAAGUCUAGAGGCCGGCGAUGCAUGGGCGACUCAUGCAGUAGCACACUGCAUGGAGAUGACAGGUCGCUUUGAAGAUGGGAUUAAAUUUAUGGAGGCAACUGUAAAGUGUUGGGAGCCGUCAGGUAUGCUGGCGUGUCAUAAUUUCUGGCAUUUGGCCUUAUAUUAUUUGGAAAAAGGAGACUAUGAAAGUGCGCUGACGUAUUACGAUAGUGAAAUAAGCAAACGUUCAAGAAGUGGCCAGCCAUUAGACAUUGUUGAUGCAGCUUCCUUGCUUCUUCGACUUGAAAUGGAGGGAGUUGGACUUGGGGACCGUUGGGAUGCUCUUAUUGGAGUAAUCGAACCUCGAAUUUAUGAUCACACAUUAGCUUUCAACGAAGCACACUAUCGCAUGGUGUUGGAGAGUUGUCCUGAACGUAAGCUGACUGAUAAACAUCGCCAAAGUAUUGAACAAUUCCUCGGGUGGAAAAAAGCUAGAAAAUUAUGUCUUUCUAAGAUUGUUCGAGUUGUUAAUUGUGCGAACUUCAGCGCGAACGAGAGUGCGGAGACCUGCCAGGUUAUGAAGGAGUUUGGCCAAAGCAUAUGCGAAAGCAUUUCGAAAUACAACGGAGGAAAUUUUGAUGAAGUUGUUGAGUUACUAUUCCCAAUAAGGCAUGAUAUUUAUCAAAUUGGUGGCAGUGAGGCUCAACGCGACAUUUUUACUCAACUUCUGAUUCAUAGCGCUAUUAAUGGAAAAAAUUUGUCUUCAGCCCAAAAAGGAUGGUUAGUUUUGUUAAUUUUUUUCAUUAUUUGCCAUGCCACCUUCAUUUUACAAGUCUUCUUCAUUGUAAACUUGCGCAUUUAGAU